AUGGGAUCUAGCAUCAGCUCUCUCCGGUCGGCCACUCCGGUCGAGAAGCUUCCGGAAGAGAACUAUCUCGGUCUUCAUUCUGCUGCCUAUGAAUGGGCUGACAGCUACGAUGCCAAAGACUGGGAUCGUCUUCGUCGGUGUAUUGCGCCAACUCUGCGGAUCGACUACCGCUCCUUUCUCGACAAAAUCUGGGAAGCCAUGCCGGCCGACGAGUUCAUCGACAUGAUCUCCGACCCCCACGUCCUUGGCAAUCCGCUGCUGCGCACCCAGCACUUCUUCGGCAUGUCCCGCUGGGAGCGCGUCUCAGACACGGAGGUGAUCGGCUACCACCAGCUGCGCGUCCCCCACCAGGUCUACACCGAUGCCAGCCUCGCCGACGUCGCCGUCAAGGGCCACGCCCACUCGGCCAACACCCACUGGUACCGCAAGGUCGACGGCGUCUGGAAGUUCGCCGGCCUCUGCCCCGAGAUCCGCUGGUUCGAGUACGAUUUUGACAAGGUCUUUGCCAGCGGCCGCGACCAGUUCGGCGACGAGACCGUCACGGCCUCCGCUGCCGAGACCGCCGCCGCCGCCAACGGCAUCGCUAGCACCAUCCCCGUCCGCAAGGAGGGCAUCACCGCUUGA